AAAUAUGGCAUCAGUGCGAGCGAGUUACUCUGGCGAAAACCACACAUAAUAACCGAAAAUCCUAUAAUUUUUUUUGUUUUGUAAUUAAUUAAUGAAAAGUAAAAGUUCAACAUUUAAAUUUAAUUUGAACAUAAAAUUGUAUUAUUCAAAAAAAAAUGCUUAUAAUUUAGCAAAAGUGAAAAAUUUCUAGUGAACUCAAGUGCAAAAGAACUACAUACGUUUAUAUGUAUAUAAAUGUAUAUGUUUAAUUUGUUGAAAAAAUACAAAUAGAACAUUGAAAGAACAAAAGUCAAAAAUAAUACACGUAUACAAAUCUCCAAACGGCUCACUCGUGCGGUUAAUAUGUUUCGUGUCUCGCAGGAGAUUCGGUUGAAUACAAGCAGCAACGCUGAAGUGACACGCUACUCCAAUACCACGAACGCCGAUAGUGAAAAUGAUUGUAUUUUUGGAAAAUACCAAAGAACCCCAGACGCGGAUGCCUAUCCAACGGAAAACCCGCUGGUACUCGUUGCACCGGAACUAACGGAUCCCAGUAAAGUUCAGCUGCUACACUUCCCGAAUGGUGCGUUGCGUAUAAACUCAGAAAUCGAUUUCACAAUCAAGCGUAAUGGCGUAAAGGGUAACUUUGAAGUGAAGGUCGAAAGCCCCGCCGGCAUGAAUAUUGUCACACCCUUACAAAUCGUUGACCCAGAACGUUUAAGAGUGAACUUUUGUCUGAAAGAGGCAGGCCUCUAUAAAGUUCAUAUUAAAUGUAAUUCCGUGCCUUUACCCAAAUCACCUUUCAUCAUAAUAUCCAUUUGUGGUGAGCCAGAGAGCAAUGUCCGCAAAAUGGAAUUGCCCAUAUUCAAAUCCGAUGCCAGUUGUGUGACCCACCGCGGUCUUGGCCUAACACACAUUUCACUCGACGAAAAGAACGAAUUUACCGUUGAUGGGUCGGCGGCGGGUAAUAAUAUGCUCUUUGUUGGUAUAUUCGGGCCGAAAGGACAAUGUGAUGAGGUGGUCAUUAAGCAUACGGGAAAUAAUGUUUACAAAAUAACAUAUGAAGUGCGUGACUCGGGCGAUUAUCUGCUGGUAGCGAAAUGGGGUGACGAACAUAUACCCGGUUCGCCUUUCCAAUUAAGUGCCAUGUAAACGGAAGGAGAUAUACACAUUUAAUCCUUCAUUAAAUUGCGAGUAUUUUCCAUAUUUCAUUAGGACCUUCAUAAUAUCCUAUCGUACUUAAUUUAAUAUUAAUAAAUAAAUAAAAACUAUAAUUAACGGAAAA